AAAGAGGGCAGCAUGUAGACAAUGGUUUUUGAUGUCAGUAGAUGGUAAAAUUGAACAACAAAGUCUCAAAAAUGGCCAAAGGAACGACAAUCACAGCUCUUGUUCAAUCUCCCAAUGGCGGAGGCCCGCCGCUGGUCUCUCGAGACCGGCCCAUGCCGCAAAUCAGAGAGCCUCACGAUGUCAUAGUCAAGGUCUCUGCUGUUGCGUUGAAUCCGACUGACUACAAGAUGCCAGAUUACCAUCCGGUACCAAAUGCCAUCAUGGGCUGUGACUUCAUGGGCACCAUCGUCGCAGCGGGCCCUGAAGUCGACAGCAUAUGCGUCGGGAUGCGAGUCUGUGGUCCCAUGCACGGCUCAAAUCCCGGCAACCCAGACUCUGGAGCGUUUGCUGAAUACCUCAUCCAAGAUAGACGCCUUCUUGUUCGGGUGCCAGACUCAUGGAGUGACCUGGAAGGAGCAGCUCUUGGAGGAGUCGGAUGGGCGACUGUGGCAUUGGCUAUGGAGGACUCCCUUCUUUUGACAGGCACUCCAUCAAACCCUGCUCCAUUGCGGCCUGACGGGACUCGCGUGCCUGUUCUGGUAUAUGGUGGUGCUACAGCCACCGGCACUAUGGCUUGCCAAUUGCUAUCAAGUGCUGGCUAUGACCCCAUCGCAACCUGCUCCCCAGCUUCCGCGGCUCUUGUGAAGAAGUAUGGGGCGGCUUCCACAACACCGUACUCCUCGCCGACAUGCGGAGAGACAAUUCGCGAUGCAACAAAGGGCUCCAUCCGAGCUGCGAUCGACUGCAUCACCACACCCGAAUCGGUGAAAUGUUGCUUCACAGCUCUGGGUCGCGCUGGAGCGAGAUAUGCAUCCCUCGAACAUGCUCCCGACGAGUGGAGAACGAGAAAAGCAGUCAAAAUGGAUAUGCCAAUGACAUAUGUGGUCAUGGGCCGCGAGGUAAAGCUUGAUGGAGUUUACCACCGUGAUGCGGACCAGUCCAAAUUUGACCUGGGAGCCAGGUGGGCGCUUGAAGUUCAGACAUUGGUGGACGAGGGACGUCUGGAUUGCCACCCGGCACGAGAAGUUCCCGGUGGUUGGCAAGGAGUAAUUCAAGGUCUUGAGAUGUUGAAGUCAGGCCAGGUUAGGGGGCAGAAGCUUGUAGUAAAGGUGGGAAGUGCCUAAGAGCAAUAUCUCUGAUAGUUGUACGCCAGAUACAUGUAGUAAACACACAACAACCCAAGUAAAUCAGCCUACUGUCUACAUAGAUUCACAUGAUCAUUUGC